ACCAAAAUGACUCUAAAUAAUCUAAAUUUAUAGUUUUUCCGCAGUGCUCUCCGAGGUAAGUCGUAUGAUAAUAAUUUCAUAAGUAAUUCAGUCCCGGGACUAAGCAAUGCAUUUCAGUUAUUAAAAAAAUAUCUGUUAAAUAUAUUUAUUUAUUUAUGCUAAUAACUGGGGAGAAUACACACAAGAGAAGCACAGCGAACAUUUCCCCCUGUCGUACUGCCAUCACAGCAAACGCAAAUACAACUUCGGAGGAAAUUUCCACAAGUCUCAGAAGUGGGGUGGUCCUGAACAAACAGCUCCCGUGAAUGUCAUCUUACGAGACCGAAUUCGGAACGCAGCUUUGGACUGACACCGGAUUUUCCAGAAGAAGUUGCGAACGGUUAGCAAUGCCGACGACUUAUCGAUCCUCAAAUCUAACAUUCCUGACUAAAGUGUGGCCACUGAACUAGAUCAUGAAGAGGCACAACGUGAGGACACUCGCCCUGAUAAUCUGCACGAUAGUCUAUUUGCUUUUUGGGGCUGCGAUCUUCGAUGCACUGGAAUCUCAACUGGAAACCACGCAGAGCACGAAGCUGCAGCAGAGGAAACGGGAGUUGAUGACGAAGUAUAAUUUAACUGAAGAUAAUUUUGACGAGCUUGAAUGGGUGCUUUUACAGCUGGAGCCUCAUAAAGCGGGACUCCAGUGGAAAUUCGCGGGAUCAUUUUAUUUUGCGAUCACAGUGAUCACAACAAUAGGUUAUGGACACGCAGCUCCCAGCACAGAUGGAGGAAAGGUGUUCUGCAUGUUCUAUGCCGUGCUGGGGAUUCCCCUCACCCUGGUCAUGUUCCAGAGUCUGGGUGAGCGCAUCAACACAUUCGUCAGGUACUUGCUCUACCGAAUCAAGAAGCUCCUCAGAAUGCAUAAGACCGAGGUCUCCAUGGCCAACAUGGUUUCCAUUGGCUUCCUCUCCUGCGUCAGCAUCCUGGGUAUCGGUGCAGCGGCUUUCUCUCACUACGAAGACUGGAGCUUCUUUCAGGCGUAUUACUAUUGUUUCAUUACUCUUACCACGAUCGGCUUCGGGGACUACGUGGCUCUGCAGAAAGACCAGGCGCUGCAGAACAACCCGAAAUAUGUGGCCUUCAGCUUCUUCUACAUCCUGAUAGGCUUGACGGUCAUCGGAGCAUUCCUUAACCUGGUGGUGCUACGCUUCAUGACUCUGAACACUGAGGACGAGAGGCAGGAUGCUGAGUGCCAGGCUUUGCUGUCUCAGAACAUGCAGGGACACAAAACCUGUGCUAGGGUCAACAGCGCCACCUCUGGCCUGGAGGGCUCUGUGCGGAGAGGCCUGUUCUGCGUCUAUCCCGAGAUGCUUCACUUUCAGUCCAUGUGCACCUGCCUUUGUUACAAGGGCCAGGAGAAGGUGCCCUACUGCAUCCCCAUGAUCUUCCCCCGGGACUGGUCAUCCUCAAACGUCGCUGUGGAACAAGAAGAGGACUUUUUUUGGGAAGCAGGUCACUGUGACAACAGCUAG